AUGAAUUUUUUUCUGUGUGGUGUUCUAGUUGGGUUAUUAAUAUCUGAAAUCGAAGUAUCUCAGGCAAUUCUUUGUAAGGAAGCGUCUCUUUCUUGUCCUGUGAUAACUCGCAAUCAUCGCCAACUUAAAGGCUUCACGUUCAAAACAAUUCACCUUGCAAGCCUGAUAUCCUGUGGUUUGCUAUGUCAGAGAGACCCUCGAUGCGUUUCAACAAAUUUCAGAAAAGUUUUCAAAAGUGAGGGAACCUGUGAGUUAAACGACAGAGGGGUCUUCCCUCUUGAGGAAGGAAAAGAACUGGAAUAUGACGAAGAAGCUAUUUACACUCAAAUAUACGUCAAGAAGGUAAUACAAAUUUGUCUUAUCUAUUUUAAUUAUUGAUCCUUGCAAUGAAGUGGGCAUCUUCAAAAAGUGUGUACAUAUCUGUUUAUCUACCGGAACACAUCUAAAAAAAAGACGGAAAAGCCACGAUCUUCGCUUUGUCACGAGAAAGAGAAUAAGCUUACGGAUGGAUUCUCUGUUGGGCGGUAGUGGAAUAUUAGAACACGAAAUCCUCUGACCUGAGAUUUUAUUUUAUUCAUGACAUCUUUUUGGUAAUGUUUAUCUUUUCGACGUUAGAAGUAAAAAAUUCAACAUUUGUCUUAACUUAGUAAUGUGUCUAUCCAUUGAUUUUCGUCUAGUUAUACUAUGGUGCAAUGUCGGGUUUUCAUCUCUAUUUAUAAACGCGUGUGGAGGAUGAUUAGCGGCGUUACUGCGAAUGUUGCCUUAAAAAAUAAAAUGGGCCUUUUUCCAAAUUUUCGGUAUCUUUGGAGAAAUGAUACUUGCAAAGUCCUCCGAAGUACAAUAAUGUUUAGAAUUACAAUUGUGUUGAGUCUUCUCAAAUAAUUUUGUGGACUGAAAGAGGGUAACAUUAAUUUGAGAGAAAAAAUUGUAGUUUUUAGCUUUAGGUUAAAAAUUUAUAGAUGAGUUUCUAUUUGAUGAUUAACCAAGAUGACUAAUUGAUUUCCUGAUAAGAAAAAAUGAAUAUUUUCAUGUCUUAGCAGCGCAACUGUCAGGUUUUCAAGGAAGAAUUUAAAUUCGUCAGCUGCAAAUGUAAGUAGGGCCGAGUACAUAAAAUAUUCUUAAAAUUACCGUCUAAGAUCUUGCAAUUACAUCACUGAGGAAUUACUCGUCUCAGUCUCCUCUUGUCUUUGCGUCAAGAGGCCUCCCGUAAAUACUUGCGGAGUCUCCUAUCGUCAUGACCCUCCCUGAACCAUUUCCGGACCUUAUCUGCUACCUUCAUAGCCCUCGAAUGUGGUUUAAAAAAAUAAGAUUACCCGGGAAAAUACUGCGAGGUUUAUUUCUGAAAAGAUGAAGAAAAUAAGAAACACCCCAAGACGUGUAAGAUUCGUAUUUUCCCAAAUGAAACUCAUUCAUAAUUUCAAAUGCAAUCUGUGCUUACGCCAAAGCAUUGCGAAACUUGAACGCGAUAGCCUUAAACAUAUCUAAGAAUUUUACAUGACAAUCCCUAUCCAAAAAAAUCUGGAUCCUCCUAAGGUGCCGCGGUAUAAUUAUCGUCCUGGGUAUGAGACGACCUCGACCAUCACUCGAAGUUCAGAGUCUUUUAACAUUCGGAUAGUUCUUAUCCGUUAAAUUUUUUUCUAAUUUGGAUCUUUGAGGCGAAAUGGAAACUAUAAUCUGCACUUAUUUUGAUAUUUCUGUUCAAACGUUGAAAACAUCCGCAGUCAUUAGUAGUAAACUUGUCAAUAUGUGUGAUUGAGUUUCUCUGUCCAAAAUGCAGGUGAAGAAUCACCAAAAGGCCCAGUUCCCUUAGGUAUGGAAAGUGGAGUUAUUACUGACUUGCAGAUUAGUGCAUCUUCCGUGUAUAAUAAAAGACAUGGCCCACAGAAUGGUAGAUUACAUUUCAAGGGGGCCAAAGCCCCGUUGCCGUUUGUAUCUGCUGGCUGGGCAGCUGGUCUGCUAAACACCAACCAAUGGCUGCAAGUGGAUCUUCGGAAUACCGCAAAGGUAAUAGGCAUAGCGACGCAGGGGAGACAUGAUUACGAUCAGUGGGUUACUAAAUACAAACUACAAUAUGGCGACGAUGGACAAACUUACAGUAUCUACAGGCGAAAUGGAGACACUUCAGACACGGUAUAAAUAAGAAUGACUUUUUGAGCAAGAUGUUUUCUUCCUUCUAUUCUUGAUGUGAGGGUGAACCAAAGAAAAAAAAAUAAGAGUCCCCAAGAGUAAAAGAAUCUCAGUCCUUCGAAUUCUUUGCUCCAAUGCACCAACACUUCGCUACAGUGAUCUUACAGACAGCUGAGCUAUUACGAGGUCCAUCAUAUGUUCAAAUAUGAGCUUUUCUUUUUUUGCUUUUGGUGGGUCUGAGACGAGGUCGAGAUACAUGAGAACGCUAAGGAACGAGUAGUAAAACAUUAGUGAGAUCAAACUGUACUCGUUUUUAUCUAUGUUUGUAUUUGAUUGCUGAUGAACAUUUAGAAAAGCAUCAACUAAGGUUCUAGGUUUAGAGUUACCACUCCUGUGUAAUGUAUACAUUCGUCAAUUUUACAUCCCACAAUAUUCUACUCAGGUUUUCCCAGGAAACACUGACAGAGACACAGUUGUGUAUCACGAUCUUAACCCGGUCAUUGAUGCUCGCUUCGUUCGAGUUCUUCCGAUGGAAUGGUUUGGCCAUAUCGGAAUGAGAAUGGAGCUUUACUCUUACUCUUGUCAAAGUAAGUUACUAGUUGAACUUUUUAUCCCUGACUGGAUUAUUGUGCUUAACUCUCAGAAAUGAUUAACAUGAAACUUCUCCCUUUAAUAUCCUUACAUUAUCCAGCAAACAGGCGCUGAGAAUAUUCAAAUUUAUCAAGUAGAAGUUAUCUUGAUCUUACACCAACUUCUCAUGACUAAUUUGCAAGGAUAUGUGUAGCAGCUAGAGGGGAGAAUCAACAAUCAGAUCUUGGGAGUUAAACGGUUAACGAGUUUUACGCAGAGACGUUCAACCCUCACAACGACUCCUUCCAACAAGUGAAAUCAAAGGAUCAGUGUACCGGCAAGGGAGGGGGGGGAGAGAAAUGGAGGUGGGGCAGAGGGGAAACUCAGCGCAAUGGACUGGUUUUCAUUAAAGAGUAGUGCCCAGGUCUAAGACCAGUUGUAAAGGUAAUUGGACUGGGUGGAAUUUAAUACGGUCGCUCAUCAUACAAGUGAUAAAUAAAAUCAGACGGACGCGAAGCAAGAGUUCGAUUUGUCAAUUACGAGUAUGAUUACCAGAAAGAAUUGGACGACUCGAAGCCCUGUCAUCAAUUAAUCAAAACUGUAAUAACACUUGAGAAAGAGACUGGACAUCGGUUAUACGUCUUUAUUAAAAGAAAAACAAAAUAAGAGUUAAAUCGGCGAAAUGCGAGACAAAAUCGCGCGUUUAUCACGUGUUCUGUCCACUUACGCUGGUAUGACGUGUUAAUUGUCCCUUUAACUGUCCUAUUACACUGUAUAAUUACAAAUAUGACGCGUACACUGUCCUAUUAGUGCUCAAAUCGAGCCAGUGAUAACCAAUCACGUUCGAGAGUUUUGUUAUUGUUUUGAUCACAUACGUAAUUGCAAUAUGGCAGUAAAGCUCAAACAUUUUAUAUCGCAUCCCUUUUUAAAUUUUCAAUUAAUGAGCAUUUAACUUCUUUUCAGCGCUCAUUUUGAAAUACAUUAUCCAGCGAACGUGCACAUGAAAAGAUGACAUGAAUCUAUCAGCUGAUAGGUUUUUUUUUUUUCUGAUAGAGGACCAAAUUUUCUGAACUUGCAUGUUUACUGGUAAAAGUAUAGGAACUAAAAGGAAGAAUUUUCAAUCAGAUCUUGGGAGUCUAACGGUUAAGGCAGGGCAAUUGAAAUAAAUGGCAAGGGACUAUAUUGUGCGUGCUUGCUUAUGUUGUUUUGUCUCCUUAUUUUCAUUUUGUAGACGAAUAAGAGAAGUUUACCAAGAAUAUCACUGCGAUGUAAUCCCUCCUUUGUUGACACGAUGUAAUCCUUGUUUGUGGGCUACAAAGUGCAACAGCUACUUCACUGAUCCACCAAUUAAUUAUCGUUAUUAACAACAGAUUAAAUGGUUGCUUUUUCCUUGUUACUUUUUAUUUUGAAGCCGAAUAACAGCACUAAAAGAAGAAUGUCAUUGUAAUUUAAUCCCUCGUUUGCUACCUCGAUGUGAUCGUUGAUUUUGGUUUCCAAGUACAACUGCUGCUUGACUGAUUAGCUAGUUAAUUAUUGACAGUUUAGCUUAAUAUCCGACAUAAUUAAUGCUGGAAAAGCGAAACGCCGCAUCAGUGGCACCAAAUUAAAACGCACCUGUAAAAACGAACGAACAUGCUCUUUUGGAGUCUCGUGUUCUGAAUCAACAUCAGAUUCCGACGAAGACAAUUUCAGUCUUCUAUUUUACGCAGACAUUAACCACUGUGUAGAAAAUCCUUGUUUCAAGGGUUGAUUGUGCAGGAAUAUUGCUAAUGAGUAGAAGUGUGCCUGUUGCGAUGGAUACACCGGCAGCCAUUGUGAUCAAGGGGAGCGGUCGGCGUAUUUUUACUAAAUGGGUAUGCUACCGCCACUAGAGCGACGACGUUAAGGACACUAGAUGUAUAUUUUGUUUUUAUCCAUCCUCAUGAAAUGAAAUAGCGGGCACUUUUGCAUAAAUACCACAAUGCUCUCUGAUGUGCAGAUGUUGUUUGUAUUUUACGUAUAGGUCUUAUCUUUUAUUAGCAUCAACUGCCGUGCCCUGUUUCAAUUUCUUGACAGCUUACAUGAGGGUCCCUAAAAGGGUUCUUCAAUUCCACGAUCCCGACUAAAAUUUUCUCUCAAUCCCGUUAUCCCGACGGUUGAUACCGGCCAGUCCCGAUGAUCGAUGAUCAUGCAAUUUUGUCUUGAUCCAUUUCCUAAAUGUAAGAGGGCCUCUUCGUUAGGUGAUGGUUUUUUAAACCAGCAUUGAUCCAUUGAAGUCUAGGUCACCGUCAGACGUAAGUUUCUCCCUUUUCACCAAAAUGACGAUAUCGUUCAUUCAAGAAGUUUUCAAAGCACAAAUGAGGUAGGCUAGUCACGGUAACGACUUCCUUCCGUUUAACUUCGAUCACGCACCAAAAACGUAUCAGUAAAGACAGUUAAGUAUCAAAGAAACGAAUAGCAAUGUCAACAAGUGCAUGAAAGACAGAAGGUGACGGGAAUCCCAUCGUUCCAUAACAAGGUAAAUAAAGAAAAAUUAACACAAUUUUGCUGUUGAAGGGAAUACGUCUUCUGAAGCGGGAACCUCUUCCGAGGAGAGAAUUAGCCUCUCGUCCCAAAGAUGAAAUAUCUCCAUCAUCACUCGUGGAACUCUAAUAUUCCAUCUUCCUCUUCGUCUUGAUUCCCGCUGUUUUCUUGCUGUCCCUCCAAGUCAAAGUGUUCGAGGCUGACCGGACCCCCCGCCUGAAUUUCUCUCUGAUAGAGGUACAACUGGGUAGUUAAAGCUCUUGCCAUCGUUGUUUCCUAUCUGACACAGCGCUGAUACAAUACAAAACAGUGUUUACUUUUGCCGCUGCAACAAAUGUUUAUGCCCAGCCCGUCAUCUUGUGUAUGCUCUGUGGUGCCAUCAGUGCAGGUGGUAACGGUUAAAUUACGGGAAUGGCCGACAGGAUCAUAGCGCAUUCGAGUAGAGGACACCAAAAAUUUGAAUUUGAAAAAUAGCACGCCGCCCAAUUGGUUCCUCUCGUUAAGCCUUCUUUUGUUGCAUUUCCAAAGUUUCUUGCGUAAUCUAACACGGUGAAAAGUUUAUCUUUUUGAUGCACAAUUGAGCGAAUAUUCUCCCCGUCUAGUGCCAAGCAACUCAACAGGUUACGAGUGUCAUAAUUCUGAGACUUGCUGGAGGUUUUCAAGUCCGUUAGGCAUUUCGAUUGACGCAGCAGUCUUAGAUAACACGUUACCCUGAGGAUUAUUGAUAAACUAACAACUCCGCUUCUCGUAGAACUUUCAUUCCCGCGCAAUGGUUGAAGAGUUUCACUGACCAGCCCGACCGCCCCUUGAAUGCUAGUGAGUCUGCGCGCCUGGUGCUUCUCAUAGACUGAAAAGAUCAAUUUCUUCAGACAUUCCCGUCAACGGACAUCCCGGUUCUCGGUUCGUUUGAAGUGAUUAUUUCCCGAAUCCCGCUCCUCAAAAUCGGCGAUUUCCGCGUUCCGUUCAUAAUAGCAAUCCCGCAUCUCGCUCUCCUCUUACUCUAAAUUCCCGGAUCCCGGCCUUUAAAAGGUCCAAUCCCGGAUCCCGAGAACCUAUUGGGGACCCUCUUAUAUACUCUGAAUGAAUAUAAUAGCAUUGCUUACAUAAGCUAUUUAAAAUUAGUUCAGAGUCCGGCUUGGGUAUGCUUCAAAUUUUCCCUACUCAAUGCUCUCUUUGAGAAUUUCUUUAUCACACAGAAUGCCAAUUCUUAGCGUUUGUGUACUUACCGUAGGAUGCCAAGUUCACAGAAUAACAGAUUUUACGGUGAAUCCUGAUAGUCGGCUAACAUGUAAGUUAUAGCGAUAAGUGAGAAAAAAGUUCAUAUUUGCGACAACCCAAUAAGAUGCCAAGAGUUUAGAAAGAUGAGAUGCUUCUUUCUUAAGGAUAUGACUGGAAGUAGAAUAGCAUUUAUCUUCAAAUCAAAUGUAACUGGCUGUGCGUAGUUUACUACAAAGAGUGUUUUAUUUAUGAAAAUAAGUGUUGGUUACGAAGAGAGUUUUUCUUUAGGACAAUAAAUGCUGAAUAAAUUAUAAAGAAACUGCCGGAUACUAAUUACCAUUUCAACAACGGUAUUGAAGCUUCUACAGUUCACAACAGCAUUUGAAUGAUAGCAAUUGAUAGAGUCUAUCUGAAAGUUAUUAUCUUCACAACGGCAAUGAGGCUUCUAGAGUUGACCAGAAUAUUUAAAUGACAAAAACUGAUAAACUCGAUUUGAAUUUUAAGGGAAGGCGAAAUUCACAUUUUGUUUGUUUUUUAUUUUUGAUUCCUUGAAUAAGAUGAUAUAUUUCAGUGUUUAUUCCGACAGAAACGGCUGACGUAAUUAACACUUGCCACAGACAAAUAGUUCUCUUUAUCAUUUAAUCAACGAUUACAAUAUUAAUUAUUCUGUUAUUCAGCUCUCAGAGCAUCCUUUCAAUUAGCCCGUCCAUUUGACUAUAAUUGGAAAGGAAAAUAUUAGAUAAACGUCUACGAACUCCUUUUACAUUAAUCGAAAUCUUCCCGAAGCUGUUAAAAAGCUGAUUAUACGCACCGAAGGCAAAGUGUCGACCACAAAAACAAAACGAAAUGAAUUUUUAUCUGUGUGCUGUUCUAGUUGUGUUGUUAAUGUCCGAAGUCGUAGCAUGUCAAGCAUUUCUUUGUAAUGAGGCGUCUCUUUCUUGUCCUGUGACUCACAAUCAUCGCCGACUUAAAGGCGUCAUGCUCAAAAAAUUUCACUUUGCAAGCCUGAUAUCCUGUAGUUUGCUAUGUCGGAGAAACCCUCGAUGCUUUUCGACAAUUUUCAGAAAAGUUUCCAAAACUGAGGGAACCUGUGAGUUAAACGACAGAUGA